AUGGAAGAACUUUCUCAGAUAGCCAUGGCUUAUUACCAAGCUAGCUCAUGUGAUAUACAAAAGUUAGCUGAAGACUUCUUUGGAGCAAUGGACCAUGACGGGGAUGGCAAGAUAGACCAAAAAGAGUUCUUGGAGUUUAUGAGAGACGAAGGCUACGCUCAAAUGACAAGUCCAUCAUUCUUCAAACAACUGGACCUCGACGGAAACGGUACCCUUGACUUUUUCGAAGUCAUGACACUCUACUACAUAGUUAAGAGCGGAAGGCCGUUUUGUGAUUGCUGCAAGAAGUUUAUACCUUCUACAUAUCUAUCAUGUGUUGGGUGCUUGGAAAAUCCAAUUGGAGGA